AUGGAGAAUACCAGGUCGAUACUGCAGAGCCUAUUAGCGGAAUGCGACGAACUAGUAGAAGAGAACAGAUGGGCCGAAGCGCGAGAGAAACUGGACCAGGCCAUCCAGCUAUCAGCGCAGCAGCUGGGGCCCGACCAUGAGGACACGCUAGACACAAAGGCGAUUCUUGCCUACCACCUCCGAAGGCACGGUGGGUGUCAGGAGGCCGAGACGAUAGAUCGCGAAGUGCAUGCUGCUCGUGUGAGGGUCUGUGGACAGGACCAUGCUGAGACGGCUAAAGCAUUAAAUAAUAUUGCGCUGGAUCUUAAGGGCCUUGCUAGGUUCGAUGAGGCGUUUGAUCUUGAGGAGCAAGCGUUGGACAUAUUUAUGAAAGUGGAAGGGGAGAAUUCCCGAGCGACGCAGACGAGCAUGAAUAACUUGGCGAAUAGCUAUCACCAGCAGGGGCGUUUUGACGACGCCGCCAGGUUGCAUGAGAAGACACUGGAGCUUCGCAUGAAGACACUGGGUCGAGACCACUUUGAAACAAUCAUGGCUAUGGAUCUGCUUGGUGUUGACUGUCGAGAGCUGGGUCAGGUGCAGAAAGCUGCGAGGUACCAGGAGGAAGCGCUCGAGCUUGCAACAAACAGUCUGGGGGAAGCAAAUGAGACCACGAUUCGCUGUUCGAUGAACCUAGCAUCAACGUACCAGAAAUUCGGGACGGCCGAUGGACAGCAGAAGGCAUUAACCUUGCUGGAGCGGGCUCUGGAGUCAUCCCGCAGGGCCCUUGGUGAAGAAAGUCCGGAGACGGUGGGCAGCAUGAACAAUCUCGCUGUGGCGUAUGUCAGAGCGGACAGACUAGACGACGCUUACCCCCUGCUGAAGGAAGCUUAUGAUAUUAAUCGAAAGUCUCUGGGGCCAGAUCAUCCGAAAACCCGAGCUGCGGAGGGUAACUAUAACUAUGUUAUGGAGAAACUGGGGUUAACUCAGGCUAGCGUAUUUGGAGUCUGA